AAGUAACAACGACCUACACUAAUCCAUUUUCCGAGCAGAAAUACGAACUGAGAGACUAUAUACAUAAGAAUUUGCCAUUUCCCGUUCACUAUAGCCGCAGCAUAUACUACAACGAAGCUUCGAGGAGGAGGACCUCUGCUCAGUUCUUGGACAGUGGUUAUUCUGAUCGAAUGCAGCGGCAUGUACAGCAGUGUUGUGUGCACAAUGGACAUGCUUAGUAGUAUCACGUUUUACGGUAUUCUGUUGUUGAGUUACAACGCAGUGUGCGGUAUCGACACAGACWCGAUAAAUCAAAAAUUGUUAACCAAUAACCAAAAUGCAAGUGAAACAUCAUUGUCAACUGCCGAACGAUUCCGACGCCUAAUUCCUUAUGUGACGUAUUAUGUGGUCGGUAACAACGACCAAAAUGACAUGCCAUAUCAAUAUCAAAACCCUAAUUUAAAUUCAAACUCGCCUAGACCUUCACAGACGAAUAACUUUUAUUUUCAAAAUGAGAGAGAACUGCAGCAAAAACAACAGCCCUCUACCCAGCAGCAUCAACAUAAUUAUCAGAUAUCAAAUCAUCAACAAGUGCGUCAACAACAACAACACGCUACGCCUGCAGGAUAUCUGAGAUUUCCAAGCUCUCCAAAAAUUAAAAGGCCUAUUGUAAUAGCAACGACGACUGCAAUGCCGUAUGUCAUCCACCAGACAGACAACUCKUACAAUUAUUAUUACGAUUUAAGUCAAACAAGCCCCAAACCGAUUAUUCAAUCCAGUCCAAUUGCUAUUAAACACGGCAAUCAUGCUGGAUUUUUACCGACAAUACCGCCAACUUCAAAUUCAUAUCCAGAAAAACAAGAACAAUUGCGGUUUACAACCAAGACGAAAAAACAGAGAAGGCCAAAGCCGAAAAGACCAACAACACCAGUCACUACAACCACGACGACAGACAAAUACAGUGCACUCAACGAACUGUUAGACGGUUACGAUUUGGGAAAUCGUCUUUCAAACAAAAUUACGGCCGACAACAUCGGUUCCAGUAUACAGACUUUAUCGGCUGUGUUACAGUUAUUGCAAAACGARGCAGAUGAACAACAGACUAGACCACUGCGACCGAAGAAACCUAAGCCGGAAUACCGUCCAGAUCCAAUUGAUGAAUAUGAUGAUACUGGUGACGUAGGGAAUCCGGGAAGACCUGGUGUAGAUUAUCCAACACUCUCAGUUAUACCCAAGACUAGUUUUGAUUGCAAAACUCAAAGAUACAAAGGUUUUUUCGGAGAUCCAGAAACGCUGUGCCAAGUGUGGCAUUACUGUGACUUAAAUGGUGGUCAAGCAUCAUUUUUGUGCCCAAAUGGGACUAUAUUUAAUCAAGUAUCACUGACAUGUGACUGGUGGUUUAAUGUAAAAUGUGAUACUACAGCUCAACUCUAUGUGCUCAAUGAACGCUUAUAUAAAUAUAUAAUACCAUCAAAACCAAGUUUUCCAGAAGAUUAUGAAGGACCUCUAGUAGAUAGAUAUCUAGAAAACAAAUUUAAGGAAACCGAAAAAAGUAGAGGUCAACAAAGAGCAACAAUGUCACCAGCAAUUAAUGUAACUACCGUUGAACCAGAAUCAGUUAGAACACCAUAUCAACAAUUACUAGAUGUAGAUAUAUAAAUUUUAAUAAGAACUUCUUUGGUCUAGAUUUAUUGUUUGCAAGGAAAAAUUAUGGAAAAUAGCAGAAAUGAAAUUAAUAAUAGGUAGGCAGAUGUUAACACAAUAAUUUUUUUUUUUUAACUAAAUAGGAAAUAUUAUAAAACUAACCAAGUUUUCAAAACUAAUGGGCCUGAAAAUGUGCCAUUUUUAAUAUAAUACAACCAUUAUAAAUUAUUUAUUCAUAAUUAGUAUGAUAUUAUGUUUUA